GAGAGAAGGAGAGAGGGGCAAAGGAGAAGGGAGAGAGGGAGAGCGUGCCAGACAGGAAGGAGCGCCCUAGAGUCUCCGAAGCACGAAAGAGAUAACCAAUUAGGAAUUUUGGGGGCAACUGUCACCCACCCCGAGAGCAGCCAGAGACUCACCAUCACCCCAACUCUGACGUUUCCUACAAGAAGUUAGAGACUUAAGCAGUACUGACAUCGGAGGGAAAUGGUAUGUUUGAUGCUGUGGAAAAUACCCCGGAGCUGAAGAAGUGCAACUGGAUGUUGUGUGUGCGUUAAAUACCAGAAGAGCUCAGACCCCGUGGGUAAUAGAAACGAAAUGUGGAGAGAAUGACUAACGACAAAUCUGUGAAUUUGUUCUCUGGAGUUGCUAAUUUGCCAGCCCGAAGCAACACAUUUUACAAGGAGGAAACGUUUUGCUGCUUCUGAUUUCUUCCCAAACUGGUGCUACCAGAUGCAUGGCUUUCUAUGUGCUGAAACAGCUCAUUUCUAACUGCAGCAUACCGGGAAAGGGGAAAGGUUGAGGCAACUAACUGGCUGUCUCCAAAUAAGUCAUGAGAUGUAAUGCAUCCUCCAGCCCAUGCACGCUUCCUCUUGCAAUUCGUGCAUCAUUCCUCAGUGGAAACCUUUAAACCCUAAAAUCCAGGAAAAGAAAAUAAAUACAUUAUCAUGGACCUGAGGGAUUUUUACCUGUUGGCUGCUCUGAUUGCCUGUUUAAGGCUGGAUUCCGCAAUAGCUCAAGAACUUAUUUACACUAUUAGAGAGGAAUUGCCUGAAAAUGUGCCCAUAGGAAACAUACCAAAGGAUCUGAACAUUUCUCACAUCAAUGCUGCCACAGGGACCAGCGCCAGCCUUGUCUACAGACUGGUUUCUAAAGCUGGGGAUGCCCCUUUGGUGAAAGUAUCCAGUAGCACUGGCGAAAUUUUUACAACCUCCAAUAGAAUAGACAGAGAAAAACUCUGUGCUGGAGCCUCUUACGAUGAGGAGAAUGAGUGUUUCUUUGAACUUGAGGUGGUGAUCCUCCCCAAUGAUUUUUUCAGGCUGAUCAAAAUUAAAAUAAUUGUCAAGGAUACCAAUGAUAAUGCCCCCAUGUUUCCAUCUCCUGUCAUCAAUAUUUCCAUCCCAGAAAACACUUUGAUCAACAGCCGCUUUCCAAUUCCAUCAGCAACAGAUCCUGACACAGGCUUCAAUGGUGUACAGCAUUAUGAAUUGUUAAAUGGGCAGAGUGUUUUUGGACUGGAUAUCGUGGAAACUCCGGAAGGAGAGAAGUGGCCGCAAUUGAUUGUUCAGCAAAACUUGGACAGAGAACAGAAAGAUACCUAUGUGAUGAAAAUCAAAGUAGAGGAUGGAGGCACUCCACAGAAAUCCAGCACAGCCAUACUGCAGGUCACAGUAAGUGAUGUAAAUGACAACAGGCCAGUGUUUAAAGAGGGUCAAGUGGAGGUGCAUAUUCCAGAGAAUGCUCCCGUAGGCACCUCUGUAAUUCAGCUCCAUGCCACUGAUGCAGAUAUAGGCAGUAAUGCUGAAAUCCGGUACGUUUUUGGUGCCCAGGUCGCCCCUGCAACCAAAAGACUCUUUGCUUUAAAUAAUACUACUGGGUUGAUUACAGUUCAGAGGUCCUUAGAUCGAGAGGAGACAGCCAUUCACAAAGUGACAGUGCUGGCUAGUGAUGGCAGCUCCACUCCCGCUCGAGCAACGGUUACCAUCAAUGUCACUGAUGUAAAUGAUAACCCUCCAAACAUAGACCUCAGGUACAUUAUAAGUCCCAUCAAUGGCACAGUGUAUUUGUCUGAGAAAGAUCCUGUCAAUACAAAGAUUGCCCUAAUUACAGUUUCAGAUAAGGACACAGAUGUGAAUGGCAAAGUGAUCUGUUUUAUUGAAAGAGAGGUACCGUUUCAUUUGAAGGCAGUAUAUGACAACCAGUAUUUGUUAGAGACGUCCUCUUUGUUGGACUAUGAGGGCACCAAAGAAUUCAGCUUUAAAAUUGUUGCCUCUGAUUCUGGGAAGCCCAGUUUAAAUCAGACUGCUCUGGUAAGGGUUAAGCUUGAGGACGAAAAUGACAACCCACCAAUUUUCAACCAGCCUGUAAUUGAACUGUCAGUUGCUGAAAACAACCGUCGUGGGUUGUACUUAACAACUAUUAGUGCCACAGAUGAAGACAGUGGGAAAAAUGCAGAUAUUGUUUAUCAGCUUGGACCGAAUGCCUCCUUCUUUGAUCUGGACCGAAAGACAGGAGUUUUGACAGCCUCCAGAGUCUUUGACAGAGAAGAACAAGAAAGAUUCAUUUUUACAGUAACUGCCAGGGACAAUGGGACCCCUCCCCUCCAAAGCCAAGCGGCUGUGAUAGUUACUGUUCUGGAUGAAAAUGACAAUAGCCCCAAGUUUACUCAUAAUCAUUUUCAAUUUUUUGUGUCUGAGAAUCUGCCAAAGUAUAGUACUGUGGGGGUAAUCACAGUGACAGAUGCAGAUGCUGGAGAGAAUAAAGCUGUGACUCUUUCCAUUCUAAAUGACAAUGAUAAUUUUGUGUUGGAUCCCUAUUCUGGAGUCAUAAAGUCAAAUGUCUCAUUUGACAGAGAGCAGCAGAGUUCCUACACUUUCGAUGUCAAAGCCACUGAUGGGGGGCAACCACCCCGUUCCUCUACUGCAAAAGUAACUAUAAAUGUCAUGGAUGUCAAUGACAAUAGUCCAGUUGUCAUUUCGCCACCUUCUAAUACUUCUUUUAAGUUGGUGCCUCUCUCAGCCAUUCCUGGCUCCGUGAUAGCAGAAGUUUUUGCCGUGGAUAUUGACACUGGGAUGAAUGCUGAACUUAAGUAUACAAUUGUGAGUGGGAACAACAAAGGCCUGUUUCGGAUUGAUCCAGUAACAGGUAACAUCACUCUGGAAGAAAAACCAGCACCUACUGAUGUGGGCUUGCACCGAUUGGUGGUCAACAUAAGUGACCUGGGAUACCCUAAGUCUCUGCACACGCUUGUGCUUGUUUUUCUUUAUGUUAAUGACACUGCUGGCAAUGCCUCCUAUAUCUAUGACUUGAUUCGCAGGACUAUGGAGACACCAUUGGACAGGAACAUAGGCGAUAGCAGCCAACCCUAUCAAAACGAGGACUAUCUCACCAUCAUGAUCGCCAUUGUCGCAGGUGCCAUGGUGGUCAUCGUCGUGAUCUUCGUCACCGUUCUGGUGCGCUGUCGCCAUGCAUCAAGAUUCAAAGCAGCUCAGAGAAGCAAGCAAGGUGCCGAAUGGAUGUCCCCAAACCAGGAGAACAAACAAAACAAGAAAAAGAAAAGGAAGAAAAGAAAGUCUCCCAAGAGCUCUCUUUUGAACUUUGUUACCAUCGAAGAGUCCAAACCCGAUGAUGCAGUUCACGAACCCAUCAAUGGGACAAUAAGCCUGCCGGCUGAGCUGGAGGAGCAAAGCAUAGGUAGAUUUGACUGGGGUCCGGCACCUCCAACCACCUUCAAGCCGAACAGCCCUGACCUGGCCAAGCACUACAAAUCCGCUUCUCCACAGCCCGCUUUCCAUCUUAAACCAGACACUCCGGUUUCCGUGAAAAAGCAUCACGUGAUCCAGGAGCUCCCGUUGGACAACACCUUUGUCGGGGGUUGUGACACCCUUUCCAAACGCUCUUCCACUAGUUCAGAUCACUUCAGUGCCUCAGAGUGCAGUUCCCAAGGAGGCUUCAAGACAAAGGGCCCCUUACACACCAGACAGGGUACAGAUUUCGACACUAAGCAUAUGGCUUGAUGAUACAGUCAUACCUGAGGCAUGCGUGGUUCUUUCCAGUGUACAAUGAACAUUCAUGGACAUUACAUAGUAAGAGUAGUAAUAGCAUUAGUGUGUUUUAGGCAGUAGCAUCUUGGAUACUUUUCACAAACAGUAUAUUUUGGCAGUGAAUUUCAAACAUUCUGCUAAUUUCAAAAUAGAAGGAGAAUUUUGUGAUUUUUUUUUUUUUAACUACUCUUUAUAAGGAGGCAUCUAGAAGAGGGGGCGGUCAAGCAAUAAUGAUGAUAAAAAGAUCUCUCUUCUUCACUAGACUAGAAUGAUGCUUUCCUUUUUUUUAAAAAAAAAUUUUAUUCCAUCCCCUGCUCUCCAGUAGAGCAGAAGCAACAACCACCCUCCGUCCACAUCUGCACAAACUUGUCCACUAAGGUCAGCAUAUGCCUUUUCCCAACCUAUCCGUAAUACACUAGGAGACAUAUCUUCAUGUGUAUUUAGAAACGUGUAUAAUAAGCUUUUAUUACUGUUUAUAAAAUUUUAGCCCUAAAAUUUUUCCAGUUUUAUCACCUACAACCACAAAAAGUAUCCAGUAAUUUCAUACAGUUUUAUAAAUCUACCAUAUUUCAUUACUGGCUUCUUAAUGUGUCCUUGCCUAAAACUCUAACAAGAGAUGGUGAACACUUGUCAACCACAUGUUGGACUUUCAGGAUCCCCCUUAAAUCUGAGAACCUGAGAGAACCAUUUCAGCUGUAUAGUCAGAUAAAAUGUGUUUAUCAUGGAUUAUUAUAAUGGAUGCAUUUUGGUAAAACUCCUAAGUGAGAAAAUUGCAGUUUUAAUUUGAGGUGCAUUUGAAGGUGAAAACGAAAUAGCUGAGAGUUCUGGUUGCACAGCUUUCCCUAUUCCAUUUGGCAAAGGAAACUGAUUCUUGGAACAACAUGCUAACUUUUUGUCCACUGUGUGUAGUGCAUGUGGAUCAUUGCAUUACUCAUGGAUGCUAUUCUUAUUUAGAAUAUAAAUUCUGCCACAUUCCUAGAGAAUAACAAGGAUCUGCUCUUUCGAAAAAUGUCUCUUGAUAUGAGACAAACAGAUUGACUUUAAAUUCCAAAAGUCCAUAUUUUUGAAGCUCACAUUGCUUACAUUUUGAUUGUGCUUACUUUAUUUUGGGUCGGCAGCUUUUUCUUGAUGACCCUUACUAAUAAGCUUCAGUAGGCAGAAAAAUUUCAAUUAUUCUAAUUAAAGACCAGUAUUGAACAUGUUGACCAAAUGUAGAUUUUAUGUUGUUAAUUAGACAAGAAUUUGGUAAGGUUUUAGAUCAACCAUUGAUACAAGAAAGCUAAAUUCACCUGUGAAUUUGUCAAUGAACUAGAGUGGCAGGAUUUCCUUGGUUUAAAUUAUUAAGGUAAGAGAUUGGAAAAGCAUAAUUCUUCAAUAUGAACUCAAAGACAUAUAGGCAAGUUUACUUUGAACUCAAAAACAUAUGCAAGGCUAGAAAGCAAUAGAGAUGACAGGUGUAAUUUUUGUCUGUAUAUUUGUUUAAAGAUUCAUUUAUAGGAAGUAAUUUUUUUAAAUGACACUUUUUGAUGGAACUCACAUUUCAUGAGACCAAACAUAAAAGCAAAAAUACUUGUAGUAAUCACUUUUUUAUCAGAUUCAGGUAGAAGAGUGCCAAACUGUUUUGAUUUCACGAUAGGCUAUAGUCCUGUGAUGGAGUUCCCAGCUGGGGUUUGGAAACUAAAACCCUGGCAUGCAGAUGUUAGUGCCUAACAUGAUGUGUUGAUUUAGCUUUCCAGAUGACUUAAAAAUAGCUGCAGUUCUCCUUUAUCUAGGGACUAGACACACAGGCUUUGUGAGAAACUAGAUUAAUUUUGCAUUGACGUUCUGGAUGUUGCUGAUAAUUUGUAGAGACAUUAUGCCUUUUGGUUAUGACUGUGACAGGCAGACUCUAUCCAAAUGGACAUUACAAGAGCCAAAUUUAAUAGUCUUAGCAUUGGAAAUUUCUGCCUUGAGUAGAGCAGAAGCUUUCCAGCAUGUGCUUUGUUUUCUACUCCCACAAUUAUGAAUUAAUAUACAUCAAUUCCAGACAGCUGAGGAAUGACAUAGAGGAUUAAUUAGAACUAGACAACAUUACACUAGUGGAGUGAAAAUUCUGUAAUGGUUUUUCUGCAGUGACGUGGUAGAAAAGGCAAAUGGACACCAAUUUCUAGCUUUUGCACAUUCAGAAUUUCAAGAAAGUGGAUGAAAAGGGAAGUGGAGAAUAAUUAUGUUACUCAAGCUGGUAUAAUUUUUCUCAUCAAAUACAUAACUCAUUUUUCACAAAUGUCAAGAAUUGAUUCAACUGAGUGAGUGAGUCAGUAUUGUAUUCAGUGUAUGAUUUUGUCCAUUUAAUUACAACCACUUUUAUCUCUUAAAAAUAAUCACAGAAAGGGUAUAUUUAGUCUGUGACCACAAUAAGAAAAUGAGAUGCAAUGAAUACACGCAGGUCUCAUAUACUAUUAUAUACAUAUUUCUGUAUGAAAUAUCUCUGAAGUGAAAAGAUAUUUUCAUACCUUACCUAAAGUUUUAAUAAAAACAUUUAACUAUAAAAUGUUGAAGUCUCCCCUACCUCCAGCUGUUGUUUUUUUCUUGCUAUGAAGCUUAUCUAUCAUAGCAGUAGAUUUAUGGCAAUAUUUUCUACUACUAAGACUGUAUAUUUAUUGAUUCAAGUUAUUUGAGAACUUUGUAACUGUUGUUAUUGCAAAUUGACUUUUUCUGUAGUUGCACUUUAAUAAAAUUAGUUUUAGGACUUUAAAUUGGCAAGCUCUUGAGUAUACUUUUACAUAGAUUUCUGAUGUGGGUACUAAUUUUAGAUUUUUGACAGUGUGAUUUUUUAAGAUGUCUCUUCAGUAAAAGAGGAUUUCUUUUCCUUAAUUGUGUGCAUUCUAUUGUUUUAAUCACAAAAUGUAUUUGAAUGCCACGCAUGGAUUGGCAAAAGUGAACUAGAGCAAUACGGAAAUGACUUACUCGGUAUCACUUUUACACAUUCACUUAGGCAAUGGAUUCUAGUAAUUCACAGAACUUUUUAAAGCUUUUUAAAAAAUUAUUGUCUCUUAAAAUAGUAAUAUUAAAACUAAAAGGAUCAGGAAUAUGCUAAAUUUAAGAUGAUCAUUUGAAAAGGAAAUCACAGACUUGUUCAUCAUACUGUAUUUGAAGUGAUUGUAGAUGAGUUUUGAUAUACAGAAUGGUAGUAAAAUAGAAUUAUAAAGUCUAUUAACCAUAAUGAUGGAGUUCUAGAUGUAGAUAAAAUGAGAUGAUUGUAUUUAAGUUUUCAAUAAAUUUGUUACCCAGUUUAGGGAUAUUUGUAGUUUAUGAAACCUUGUUUAUAUUCACUUAACUUCAAAAAGUUAAGAAAGAAUAUUUGAAGCUCUAUUAUUUAGUAUCUAAGAUUCUGAGAGAGUGGUCAAGAGACCGGAGCUGUCUUCACUGAGUGUGAAUGUCCACAUACUUUAUAGUUAAACAAAUCAUUCUUUGCUCCUGUCAAGGUUUUAAAGCACAGAGUGCUGAGAAGACAUAGCAAUUUGCUUAAUUAACCCCUGUUCAUUUUACAGGGCAAGAAAUAAGAUUACUCUUUGGCAAUCACAUGUUACUUGAGGUAUAUUUAAUCUUUUACUACCCUGAAAACUUAACAACACACACACACCCUAAUGCAAAUAUGGACAGAAGUAAUACCCCUACUCAUAAGUGAGCACAUUUCUUCCUAACAUAAAUGCAUUAAUAGCUCUGAAGGCAUUUCUCUCUGACAGAAAAAUAAGGUGCCAAAGUUAAUAAGGCAAAGCUCAUGCUUCACAGGUUUAUGGCCUACACUAAAAGUAGAUUAAGUCUGCAUGUGUGUGUGUCCUCUAUAUCAACUGACUUCUGAUAGAAAAUGUCUAUGCUUUUCAUUCUGACCAAUAAAAGGCAACUUGGUGAGUUAUAGAGAUUGACUGGGUGCUUGACAUGUGGUGCUGCUCCAUUAAAAUGGUGGGCAAUUGGUACUGGGGAGGUUUAGGAGAAUUUAACUUGUCUUGCUUGAUUUUAGAUAUGCUUUUAGAUAUGUUGAUCUCCUAAUAUUCUGAAAACAUAAAAAGGCAAUAUCAGUUCACAGCCAACAGGUUUCUUUAUGUUGCUUUUCUAGUCCAAAUGUAAAAAGAAAGUGAUAAUGUGCUCCUAAUCAUUCUAUGCUUGUGUUCUAAUAUUACCAGGAAGCUUUUGUAGACAUACUCAAAUAAGCACAUUUUUCAUUAUUUAAGUGCAAAAUGCAUCUUUUCAAUUAUUAUUGUCCAAAUAAUUUUUAGAGAAUGAUCAUUGCAUGAUCCCUCUCCCCACUUCACUACUCUAAGAUAGGUGGAUAUGUUUAAUUCCUUUUCUGUACUUUCCAUUAUUAAAAGAACCCUACAAAAAAUAAAACAUUUGUUUUCAAUUGAACAGCAACAACCCUGGUAAUUUAUAUUCAGUUUUACUUCUGCAAAAUAGACACAUUUUUACAUAAUCCAAACAAAUUGUCAUGUUAACUGUAUGCUAAAUAUGAUGAAAUGUGGCUUAAAAUAAUCUCUCUUAUUGUGCUACAAUGUAUCAAUAAUUUUAAAUGUAAACACUUGACAUCACCUGUUUCUAUAAUACCAUUAUUCUGUAGGUAGUAUUCACAGUACAGUAUAUUCUAUUGCUACUUGGUGAAAUGAACUCUUGAGAUUCAUAAUAGGGCAGUACACAAGCGUUAUUAUUAAAGGAUUAUAGGGAAAAUUUUCCCAAUGGAAAACUGAUAAUUAACGGUAUUAUUUAAAAUAAGUAUAGUGAAGAGUAGAUAAGAAGUUCAAUGUAGCAAUAUCUUUCUAUUUUAAUUUCAAAUUAAAUUUUUAUAUACACACAAAAAAAUUUGGCUCAAGAAUUAGCUGAUAUAGUUUAGAUUUUAAAUAGCCAAAAUAACGUUGCAGUGUGUUAUAUUCAUAAUUUAUCAAUAAAAUGAUUACUGUUAAUAACUGGUAGAAUUCUUUCUUCCCUGUGCUAGUGAUUUAAGUUGAAUGGGAAUUUAGUAACAUGUGUAGGGAUGCAUCUUAAUAUCUAUAUUUGCUGAAAAGUGUUAAAAACACAAAACUUGUCCUCAUUAAAAUGGACUUCUGUACACUAUAAUUUGAAUUAAGUAAUGCAUAUAUAAAGUAUUUAAAAAGUUGUAUAUCAAAUGUAUAACGUUCCAUUUUUCACUAUAUUUUGUAAAGCAUUUUUGGUGUAAUCAGUAUGACUCACAUAUGUCAAACAAGUAUUCUACUAUUUAUUUAAACAGAUAUAUACCUAAUGUAUUUGGAAGCUUAUUGCACUCAUAUAAUUGUGUAUAUUGUGGCCUCAAAAGUCUGUACUUAUCCUUGCUUUAAAAAAGUAGUAUGUGCAUUUCUUUCCAAUUUAUUUUAAUUAAUUAUAUUAAGGAAAACAUCCUUUACUAAAUGUACCUUAAAAU